AAGAUCUGACGGUGCAGAUGGAAGGGCAGGAUAGUAGCAGUGGAUAAUCCUCCCCGGCCCAAAUCCGAGAGACCCAGAAGCCGCCGCCGCCGCCGGAGUCUGUUCCUCGAAUCCUUCGCCGGAGGUAGCCGCGGACGACGGCCAUGCUCUCCGCCGCCGCCUCGGCCAUCCCGAGGCUCCGCUGGGCCGCGCCGCCGCGGAACCAGUCUGCGAGGAACCAAUGGUUGCUGCUGCGGCGGCGUUCCCUCUCCUCCUCACCUCCCUACGUGACGCCCGGUAUCCCGGCGGCGGCGGCGGCGGCAGGGAGUGGGGCUCUCGAGCCGCCGGACCUGCCCCGCCUCGCCAACGCGGCACGCAUCUCUCUCUCGCCGGAAGAGGCUGAGGAGUUCGCGCCGAAGAUUCGGCAGGUGGUGGAUUGGUUUGGGCAACUUCAAGCCGUCGAUCUUGAAUCUGUUGAGCCUUCACUUAGAGCUGGUACUGCGGCAGGUAAUUCAUUGAGAGAAGACAGGCCUGAAACAUUUACUAACAGAGAUGCCAUAAUAGAGUCUGUCCCAAGCUAUGAUGAUCCAUACAUCAAGGUGCCAAGAGUGCUGAACAAAGAAUGACCUGUAAUUUGUAGAUCAAUUUUUUUUUCCGUUGCACAAUGUAACAUGGUUUAGCAAUAAAUCUUAGUAGUCAAGUUUAGUAUCAUUUCAACUGAAUGAUAUGGCUCGAGAUCAUGAUGUCAACAUUUGUAAUUUGUUUACUAUGGAAGCUAUUUUUAAUAGUUUAAUAUUGUAUUAUAUUUUCAGACCAGAAACAUUUGAUUUGAUAUGCUUGAUUUCUGUUCAAAAAUUCUCAAAUGCA